AUGUCGAAUAGAAAUUUAUCGUCAUCAUCAUUAUUUUUAGCAACAAUUGAUAAUAUUACAUUUCAUAUGACAUAUUAUGGUCCAAUUAUUCUUUUAAUUAUUGGUACUAUUGGUUGUUUAUGUAAUUUUCUAACAUUUACAUCACGACAAUUACGUGAAAAUUCUUGUGCUUUUUAUUUUCUUUGUUCAUCUAUAUUUGAAUUUUUAUCAAUUACAUUUGGACUUACUUCACGUUUAGCUGCUGAUCAUUUUGAUUAUAAUUUACAACAUACAAAUCGAAUAUUUUGUAAAUUUCGUGCAUAUUUUGUUACAACUAUACCAUUAAUUGCUACUUAUUUAAUAUUAUUAUCAGCUAUUGAUCGUUAUAUGUCAUCAUCAAUUCAUGUUUAUUUACGUUCAUUUAGUCAAAUAAAAAUAGCUUAUCGUAAUGUUCUAAUUGUUAUUAUAAUUGGUUUAAUAUCUUGUUCACAUAUUCUUAUUUCUUAUGAUCUUCGACCAAAAUGUGCUACUUUACGUGGUAUUUAUACGAUAUUUGAUGGUAUGUUUGUUGUAUUUUGGGUUGGACUUAUUCCUCAUAUAUUUAUGUUAAUAUUUGGUUGCAUGAUAUUAAAGAAUAUAAGACACACAAGACAACGAAGAAUAAUUAAAAUGGAAAUUAAACACAUCAAUAUUAAUCAAAAUCAACAUCAAAAUUAUCAUAAAACAGAUGCACAGUUGAUUUUAAUGAUGUUAGUUCAAAUUGGUUUAAGUUCAUUAUUAAUUUUAACUCGAAUGAUUUAUUAUGCAUAUUAUAUUCUUGGACCAUUAUUUACUGGUGAUAAAAAAAUAAUAGGAUCAUUUUUAAUGUCAUUUACUACACUUCUCUAUUAUACUAAUUAUGUUAAAUCAUUUUAUAUUUAUACAUUAACAAGUCAAUUAUUUCGAACAGUUUUUUUACAAAGAAUAAAAGAAUAUAUUCAAAAAAUUUGUGGAACACGAUCUAAAAGGAGUGUUGAAUUGUAUAGGGGAAAAUAA